ACCCAAAAGGGCCAGAACCCCAAAACUAAAACCUUUCCUCCUCUUCUCGCAAGGGUUUUCAACUUUCCAUUGAGCAGAACCGAGAGAGAGGCAGCCAGAAAGCAAAGCCAACAUGAGUCUGAUAGCAGGUUCGUACGAAAAAUACAUAUGGGGUUUCAAGCUCAAGCCUCACCCAACCCCAAACGGCCUCACCUUAACCCCACUCUUCUCCUACCCAUCUCACCAGUCUCCAAUCACCACCGUCGCUUCAUGCGGCGCCGCCGCCGCAUCAGGCGGAGCCGACGACACAAUCCACCUCUACGACCUCCCCUCAGCCUCCUACUUGGGUUCUCUCCAUGACCACUCCGCUUCUGUCACUUCUCUCUCCUUCUACUCUCCACCCCACCUCUCUUCUUUCCCUCGCAACCUCAUCUCCGCCUCCGCCGACGGCACCGUUUGUAUUUUCGACGCCGACCCAUUUGUCCUCCUCAAGUCUCUUCGCCCCCACAAGAAGCAAAUCAAUGAUCUCUCUGUACACCCUUCUGGGAAGCUCGCUUUGACGGUUGCUAGGGACAGUUUUUUGGCUAUGGUUAACUUGGUUCGUGGGAAGAGGAGCUUCUGUGGUCGGUUGGAUAAGGAGGCUAGUUUGGUUAAGUUUGAUGCUAGUGGGGACAAGUUUUUUAUGGUUGUGGAGGAUAAGGUUGGAGUGCACGAGGCUGAGGAUGCUAGGUUGGUUUUUGAGUUGGAGAAUCCCAAGCAGAAAAGGGUUCUUUGUGCCUCGCCCGGCGAGAAUGGACUUCUAUACACUGGUGGUGAGGACCGGAGCAUUACAGCAUGGGAUACAAACAGUGGGAAGGUUGCAUAUUGCAUUGAGGAUGCACAUUCUGUCCGUUUGAAAGGUAUUGUAGUACUCACAAGAAGUGAUGGAUCUGUUUCUGGUGAUGAUCCAUAUUUAGUGGCAUCUGCAUCGUCGGAUGGGGUUAUACGUGUAUGGGAUGUUCGCGUGGCCAUUAAGGAAAAGCCAAAUCCGUUGGCUGAGGCUAAUACAAAGUCAAGGCUAACCUGUCUUGCUGGAUCAUCUCUCAAAUCUUUCAAACGACCAGAAUCUGGAAGCAGCAGUAUUCCAAAAGGAGAGCAGGAUGAAGAGAUGGAAGGUUCAUAAUAACCAUCAAGAAAACGAUGCUUCUAGAAGAAGAAAAGAAACAAUUUUUGUAUGGCUGGUAGAGGAAUUUAUUUAAACUUGUUGAAGGGCUUAUGGAUGUUCUGUUAACUGUUGGGUUCAAUCAGUCCAACCCAUAAAUUUUGACAUUAAUGAUGCUUGUGUAGUUUGUUUAUAUUAAUUUGAAUAUAUAUAAUUUGAGUUUCCAACA